UAGGAGCAAGGGGGGUAAAAAUUAUUGUUUUUUUUUAAAAAUCGUACAAAGAACUUUGGAGAAUAGAUUCCCCAUAUCAAUUUCCAAACGACAAAAAAAAAGAGAAUUUUCUUUUUGCAGUAAAGAAUCUCCGUAUUUCCGAAUCAAAAGUAGAGUUAGAAAAAAAAAAAAAUUCCUCAUUUCCCACAGAGAAGCCCAAUUUUAGAUCAGAUUUCUCUGCUUUUCUUCUCAAAGUCUGGGAUCAGAGUUAGGGAGUAUCAGGGUUAGGGCAGGAGUUCCUCAAAAACAAAGAGAGUUUUAGGAUCGGGGCACAGAAGAGACGGGGAUCUCCGGCGAUGCCGCAUCUGGUUCGGGACCGGCUCUUCUUCGGCAACAUCAGCGACGCGUCGGAGGUGCUCCAGGGCACGAGAACGGAGUUCACUCACGUCCUUUCGCUCCUAAGCUCGGCAUCGAUCUCCUUCUUCUCGGACUGGCGGCCGGGCCUCUCGAUCCCCACCAAGGAGAUCCGGAAAGUGUUUGUUGGGGCGGAUGAGUCGCUGCCAAAGAAGUCUUUGGCGCCGGAGAAGCUACUGUAUUCGCUGGAGUAUGCCGGGCCAGAGCUGAAGCUGGUCAGGAUGGCGGUGCCUCUCAGGGACACGGAAGAUGAGGAUUUGCUGGAUUAUUUGGAUGUUUGUUUGGAUUUCAUUGAUGGGAGUAGGAAAGAGGGAUCGGUUCUGGUGCAUUGCUUUGCUGGUGUGUCGAGAAGUGCUGCUGUCAUUACUGCAUAUCUGAUGAGAACAGAACAAAGAUCCUUAGAAGAUACACUUGAAUCCUUGCGAGAAAGUUGCGAAUUUGUUUGCCCAAAUGAUGGUUUUCUGGAUCAGUUAAAAUUGUUUGAAGAAAUGGGUUUUAAAGUAGAUACCACAAGCCCCAUCUAUAAACGCUUCCGCUUAAAAGUAUUGGGUCAUUCUUAUAAACAAGGAGUGAAAAUAGAUGGCUCCAUAUUUGGAGCUGACCCUGGUUUGCCUGUGGAGUCCAACUCUUCUGAGGGAGCCCUCAAGAGAGAUCAGAAGAGAACUGCCUACCGCUGCAGAAAAUGCCGCAGAAUCAUUGCAUUGCAAGACAAUGUCGUUAGCCAUGUCCCUGGCGAGGGUGAGACUUGCUUCGAGUGGCAAAAAAGAAAAAGUGGCAACCCAUUCAACAGAUUUCAGGAGCCAGAGUGCUCUUCUUUGUUCAUUGAGCCUUUGAAGUGGAUGACCUCGGUUGAAGAGGGUGCAUUGGAAGGAAAGCUCUCAUGCAUCCAUUGUGAUGCACGCCUAGGGUACUUCAAUUGGUCAGGCAUUCAGUGCAGCUGUGGCAGCUGGAUUACCCCAGCCUUCCAGAUUCAUAAGAGUAAAGUGGAUAUCAGCACAGUUUAAUGUUGGAGAGUAGAUUAAAGCAUACAGGUCUCUCCAUGUGAACUACUGCACCCAAAACAGCUUGAGACCCUUAUUACCUCCAUAGAUAUAUAAUAUGGAAAAACUCAAAACUACUGAAUCUGGAAUAUUGAUUCAAGUCCCUGUUCUUCCUCAUUCAGUAUGCCCUUAUGGGACCGUGUCAGCUUGUAUUAGAGUUUGAUGUCGUGAAGUAAAUAAUGUUCUAGUUUGCUCUUCUUGUAACCAAACUGCAAAAUUUUUUGAUGACCUGCAGUUGGCUGCUUAUAAGAGUUGCUUUAUGUUGAGAUGCUCGUAUUGUGGGGUCGAAAUGAAAUCCUUGUAUAAAUGAAUUGAGAAUCAGAAUAUGGAAUUAAUAUAAGCGAACUACUGUUUAAAGCA